AUGUACGACAAUGAGGCUCGUGGCAACCGGAUAACGGCUGAUCCUGGUGGGGGCCAACCACCGAGCUCCUCUGGACAUGGCGGCAACGGCGGCAAACCCAACGGCUUUAGCAAGAAGGUUUACCUGGCGGACCAGACGGAAGAGAGCCAGGCUGAACCGGAGCAAGAGUCCGCGGAAGGCUCGGGCGGCGACCGCGAGCCAGAGCACGCCGCUGUCGACGACAACGGCGUCGAGGACGAUGGCGACCCGGACCAGGAGGAAGCCGCGGACUUGGCAGAGGUAGCGGAAGUUUUGAGUGUGACAGCCAAAAAGCUCUCCGCCGAAAUUUUGCCGGAGGGUGACCCCGAGUGCAAGGUGUCGGGGAAAGGUGCUGCCAAGAAGCCACCGCAUCAAACACACCUGGUGCACCACGCUGAACAUGGCUCCAUCGAGGUCGUUGACGACUCCUCCUACGGCACGAUGUUCAGCGUCAACGUGGUCUUCGACGUGCGGCGCGCCACCGAUGGCGACGUGAGCUUCCCCGGCCUGAUGAUCCUGGACACGGCUUGCCAACGGACAUGUUGCGGCGCGGCCUGGGCGUUUUCACAUACUUCCAUUCUUCGUGCUCAGGACCUGCUCGUGUACAGAGCCCCUUGCGCAGAUGCUUUUCAGUUUGGCAGCGGCGACCCGGUGAAAGCCAAGCACCGCUUGUACAUGCCAGCUGGCAUAGGCGAAGCUGACCUUGUGAUUGGAGCAGGAGUGACAGUGCCUGUGCUUCGACAGAACGGACAUCUGACUAUACCAGUGGUCGAGUUUAGCAAGCACGUUCCCUCUGACAGCACUAGAUGGAAGCAGCUUCAAGAUGCAGUUGAUUGGGACAACCCUCCUCUGGAGCUCGUGUUUCUGGCCCAAGCCGUGGCUCACACAUCGUCCUCCCCGACUCCAGCACUUCGCUGCCUUCAGCUCCUCAAGCGCAACGUGUUCAUCCAGAUGGCCCAUGCGGUGAACCUGACGCCCGAGAUCUACCUCGACCCGACUAUGUCCGGUCUGUGGGUCGAACGCCUGGACAACAAGUUCGGGGCAUCGCUGCUCAAUUCGCAAUCGCCCUUGCCAUCCUCAUCCAAUACUGUGCACAACACCCAAGGCGUCACCGGCGACACCAACCAGGACUUCGACAACUCCGGCACGCAGGCGGCGCGCAACCCGCUCAAUGCUGAGUGGUUCGGAGAUGUCGGACUCGACACCGUGGAAUUUGCUGCGCAACCCUCCUCCGGAGACGGAAUACGAUUGGGCCGACUGUCGACCUCCAGCAGACCACCGCCUGCCGUGGACAUCAUGGAGUUGUUUGCCGGUGAGGCCGGCGUCACUUCAAAGGCGUCCCGUUAUGGACUUAGCGCUUCGGAGCCCGUCGAUCAGGUCUUUGGAUGGCGCCUCGAGGAUCCGCAGACCCAGGACUAUAACGAUAUGGAGAUGCGACGUCUCAUUCGCAAGCUGCUGGACCGUGCCUUCGUCCUUGAGAAUCCGCGGCGCUCACGCGCCUACGGCGGCACCACGGUCGAUGGCGAGCCGAUCAUCAAGCCCUUUAAGUUCCUCACCAACAUACCAGGCGCUGCCGCCACGCUCAACAAGCGCCUCUCGGAGACCGAGCGGAUGUGCACAGUGCCAGUGCAGGGCAGGAACACGAGGCCAUCCCAGGUCUACCCUCCGAAGUUGGUCGAUGCCCUUCUCCACCUCUACCAUGAUUACGUCAGAUACCAGGCCCCCCUUCCUUUCUACGUGGAUGUGGACAGCGAUGUGGGCAAGAACAUCGGCGACCUCCUCAGGAUGAACUUGGUUCGAGCUGGUUCGACUGGCGUGUCAUCAAGGAAAUCCUUCGACGCACUUAUUUCGGCCAUUCGCAAGCUCAAGUGUGCAACUUGCGACCGCCUCAAAUCACCACAGGCACCACCACCUUCCGCUGCACCCUCCACAGUGACCCAGUUCGGUGACCGGGUCGAGCUCGACAUCUUCUAUGUCAGGAAGUUGGACGGCGAGAGGUGCUCGGUGGACGUUGCAACACGCUUUCAUCAAGCUGCUGUCCUUUCUGGCCGCACCCCAGAGAUCGCCUAUGAGGCCUUCGAACGAGUUUGGCUUCGCCCUUACGGACUUCCAACCUUGGUGGCGGCAGACCCGGAUGGAUGCUUUCAAGGCGACUUCCAGCACUGCUUGGAGUCACAUAUCGCCCCAUCGCUCCAUGCCGUGAACAAUGUGGUGCUCAGCAGGGGCAUUGUCUGUCUCCCCAACGACCGAUCCGGCGGCAACGUGCGCUCGGAGGUGGUCAAGGCGAUAGCAGACCUGAACGUGCAGCCCAUGCUGCUUUUGGAGGUGGAGGCGCCGAGGUCUGGAAUGACUACGGCUUUGGUGGCGACUGAACAACUUCGUUCUGCCGUUGGCUUCGAACAGGAGCAGGACACCACGGAGAAGAACUUCCUGGACUACCAGAACUUCCACAAAGGCCAACUUCAACCACCAACUCUGGAGCAAGCAGUCGACCUCGCUCAGGACGUGGACGCCGCGCCAGCUGGCGAACUACCUGAAGACCUCCGCGACUACGCUCCUUCACCUGCUCUUGACCUGCCCGAAACUCCGGCCGCUUUAGUCGGAGUUACUGCUCCUAGCCUCCUGCCGGCCAAGCGUACCUUUGACUCCUUGCGCACCACGCUCUACGAGGAAGUCGGACUUCUUCGCCGGCGAAGCUGGCGUCUUCGCGACGACGUGCUGACCACGGACAAGCCUGCCCAGGAAGUCGACACCUCGGCUUACAAGGAGGCGGUGGAGAAGGAGCACUCUUCGUGGAUGGAGUGGCGUUCCGUAAGGGCACUGAGCCACGAGGAGGCAAGCACUGUCUUGAAGGGCAAGAUCCUCGCCAAGCGCGUGCUGAGGACGCACAGUUGCUUUCGAGACAAAGCAAAAGGACUUGGGCCUUUGAGAGCCAAGUGCAGAGUGGUGGCACUGGGACACUGUGAUCCCAACCUUUGCAGGCUCAACCGAGAGUGCCCGACUCCGAACCGGACUAGUGAACAUGUGCUGUUCCUUGUCCUGACGGCGGGAAGCAACCGCGAGUUCAGCAACACCAAAAAGAAGUGGUUCGGUUGGACGGGCGAUGCUGCCACGGCUUUCUUGCAGGGGGAGCAGCCUGCCAACGAGAGGACUCUCCCGCUUUACAUCAAGCCGCCAGACGAUGGAGUGACUCGCUCCACGGGCUGCUGGAAAGCACCCUUGUGCUUGGUCCUCACGAACAUCUAUGGGCUCGCCAACGCUCCGCGCCUUUGGGCAAACACCGUGGCCGAGUUCAUCGACGGCCUGUCUGUCGGCAAGAUUCCACGUGGUGCCGACCUGGACGCGACCCUGUCUCCUGAGCAGAGGGCCGAGUUUCGUAGCGACUCUGGCAAUCUCUGGAUGCCUGAGCUUUCCGCCGCCAACAGCCUUGCCAACAAGGGCGAUAAGACGACACUGGGUGACCUCAAGUCCCUCUAUCAGGCCCUCGAGUUCGCCCGCUCCACAAAGAACGACGACGGCAUCGUUGUCGAGGACUUGGCCUUGAACCGCGGCGGCAUCAUCAUGACUUACAGCGACGCCUCCUGGGCUAAUGCUGAACAGUGCCGCUCGCAGCUUGGAGUUUUGGUUCUGCUUACUUCGCCGACAGUGCUCCAGCGGACCGCGCCGGCAGCUGUCCUUGACUGGCGCUCAGGGCGUUCGACUGGGGUUUGCCGCUCCACCCUGGCGGCGGAGGCGAGCGCAGCUGAUAGGGCUGCGACCGAGGCUGCUACCUGA